AUGGAAAAUUUGAAUCUACUCAACAAUGCACUCUCUGGUACCUUACCACAGUUGAUGUGUAGCAUAGCCCCCAUCUCCAUUCGUGUGGAUUGUAAUGUCAAUUGCACCUGCGCUGAAUGCUCUUGUCUCCAUGAGGUGGUGGUCGAAGGAACCCUUGAGUUUGGGUUGUUUGAUGGUGCAACCAUUCGACCCCCAACAGGGCCGGAAAUUGGCAGCUUGAUGGACCAAACGAGCCUAUUUUAUACCGAACUAUUGAGUGGUGCCGAUGAAGAAUUUCCCUCGUAUGCCUCAAUUGAAGAUGAGUUCGUUGGUUUCCGCUUUGAAGAGACUGCUGAUUUGCCAUAUCAAAUAGAUGCCGACGUGACGGCAAAGUUCAGAUCCGAAGACAGGAUUACUCUGCCUUCAACUUUGGAUGCAUUUGAUUUCAUGCAGGCAGCAAACUAUCAAGACUAUAUACAGAACUACGUUUGGAACACAACACCACAAGGUGGAAUUUUCUUCGACACCCAAAGAAGCAGUUUCAAUGCAAGUGGUGCUUAG